AUGGCAAGUCGUGCCGUUGGCCCGCCUCCGGGCUUCGAUGAUCUGGGCUCGACCGAGCCACCUGUGGCGAUGCCGCCAACACCCACUUCCGGGGGAAGCGAGAGAUCGGAGUCUGACAGAGACUCCAAGUCCGGUGAGGGAGAUGGAGAUCCUGGCCGUGUGUCUUUUGACAAGGAUGCGAAGGGCGCCGACGAUGGGCGCUCAGAGAGAGACGCCACUCAACGAGAGUGGACAAGCGGGAAAAGCACUACCCCGCCGGAGAAUGGCGGGACAGUGCCUCAAGGAGACCACAGUGCUUCGGCUCAGAGAGCGGAUGGUAGCGACCCUUCGCAAGGCGGAGGAGAUCCGUGGCACAAGGGAGAUCCCAGCGAAGUGGCCGCGAUUGGGGCAACGACGGUGGUGACUGGAGUGGCGGCUACCGCGAUGGAGGUCGAGGAUACGAUCCGGGAGUAUACCACGACGAUCCCUGGGCAGAUGGUCGAGACCGCUGGCAACGAGGACCCGAUACCGGAGGUCACUGCCAAGGAACUCCCUGGGCAGAUGGUCGAGACCAUAACCAUCGCGGAUACGAUCCUGGAGUUUAUCAACCUGCCCCAUGGACGGAUGGACGGGGCCCGAACUUUCGAUUACGUGAUCAUGAAGACCUCACUCGCUGGAACGAAAGCGGGACCCUUCGCCGGCGGAAUGAUGGCAACCCGCCGGGAUCCGACCCAGGCUGGUCGGACAGCCGACCCUACGAUGAUGGGUCGCAGGCCGGAUGGAAUGGGUGGCAAAGCUUCGGAGAUCAAGCAGCUGCACCCGCUGGACCCAGACCGCAAGGCUUGGAUCGCUGCCGAGGAGCUAUCUGUGGCUAGGCUCAGUUCGGGAGAAGGACUUCAGUACUUCACUGGCCAGACCAUCCGGGAGUAUAACACCGAGUACGACCGUCUUUACGGAUGGCUCAGGGAAGUUGGCUGUUCUCUUCCAGAAGAAUACGUGGCAUGGUUAUAUCUGGACAGGCCGCGGCGGACGAGCUUCGCCCACAUGACGGACUGCGACUACAACACCGAAGGCGAGGACCCCUUUGAAGGCGAAGAGCGCAUACCAAAGGACGUGACCGAGGCGUUCAUGACCUACCAGUUGGCCAAGGAGCGCUACAGAGCUGUUGUGAAGGAUGCAGACGCAAAGGACACUGGCACAAAGACGCUCCUCGGGGUGGCGGACACGGCGUGUGCCCGGACGGUGCCUGGGACUCAGUGGCUACAGUCCUACGCGAACCUUUUGGCCGAGAUCGGUCAGAAGCCCGCCUUGAUGAAGGAGUGCGAGGCUUACAGGUUCGGCACGGGCAAGGUCCACUACUCCUCGUUUUACGUGAUCGUUGCUUUCAAGCUCGGCGGCUACAACAUCCAGGUACGGACCUCAAUCAUUACCGGGGACAUCCCGCUCCUCCUGAGCACGACCGUGCUCGGGAAGCUGGGCAUGAUCUACGAUAUUAAGAAUGGGAAGGCCGAUUUUAGGGCGAUCAAACUUUACGACUACAUGCUGACGACUACCUCAUCUGGACACCCGGCGAUCCUAAUCGUUCCUGUCAACUUGAUGCCCGGCGAAACGCCGGACCUACAGAUCGAUGACCCACGACUCCAGCAAGCCGAGCAAUACAUGUCCGUCUUUGCUGUAGCCCUGGUCGUCUUCAACGUGAUAUUUUUGUCGUGUGGUGGGAGAAAUGCAAUCUUGAUCGGGGAUAUGCUCGUCUCUACCAUCGGCACAGUUCGCAUGACAGAGUGCGUGUGUUGCAAGACCGGAGCAUGGAUAGAGUCCACGGUAGAUCAGUGGGAGCAUGGCCAGGUUGAUCAAACCACUUUCCCGAAGCUCAACGAGUCGUGGUCCGUGGUAGAGCUGAAGGCGACAAUCCGAGACCCCAUCUCGACCUAUGGGGAGAAGACGGCCGCGGACCAGAUGAAGGGCCUAAGCUCACUAUAUUUGGCGGAUCUCAGGAAGAAGGCGACCGAAAUGGGAGUGAUGGUGCCAGACAAAGUGACGAAAGGGAGCGGAAACCGCUCGCUCGGAGAGAACUCCUCGCCGGAGCUCGUGAUGUAUGCCCGAUGGUGGCAGGAACAACAGCGUGCCAAGUCGAACAAGACGGAGAUCCACGACGAGGACAGCGAGGACGAGGUGAAUCUCACCCCGACCAAGCGGUACAACGGGAAGGGGAACACGAAGGCAACGCCCAAGCGCCCCAGCAAGGACCUGAUCGACAAGGACGAGAAGAUCAUGGACUCCCAGCCGGACCAGACCGUACUCGACGAGAUCAAGGCCCUCGAGACGAAUUUGGCGGUGCUGAAGGACAAAGACAGAAGGGACCGGGAAGUCUGGUGUUGUGGAGCCGUGCGUGAACAAGACUGCAUUGCAGAGGGCGACUGUAUUCGGGGAUACCUCAACAAAGCCCUGAACUACAACACCAAUGCUGGCCCGGGCAGUGAAGGGUGUGGUCUUCCGACUGUGGAGACCUACGACAACAAGCACAACGAUCACGGCGCCUUCCAUGAUGGAGUUCGCGAUUCACGACACUUGCGUUAUGGGGACGCGUCCUUCGACUGGGCCGAUACCUCCUACGAGAACUGUCAACCAAUAUAUUUGUUGAAGGCCUUCUCAACAGAGGGCCCGUCCUCGCUGUCCAGUCUGAUGACAACCUGA